GAAGCGGGGUUUUAAUGCGACUUUUCAGAUGAUUUCUGUGGUUCUCUUGGCAAAGUAACUUACUCAAAUGUGUCGGCACAAUCGGGCUUCUUUGAGGGGCUAGAGCGUUACGUAAGCAUGGGGAUGAUGGGGCGCCUGCGCAUAAAACGAACGCACCCCGAGUAACUCCUCUAUCCCGCUAGUUAGCAGCGGUCCUUUUCUCUUUAUUUAGUGCCACCCCGAGCAGUAUGUUGUUGUGUGGAAGCUAACGCUAGCCAGCUAUCCACGCUAGCCAGCUAACCACACUAGCCAAACUAGCGGGCGUUAGCCUGCGACCGUUUCAAUGGGUCUUUUUUUGUGACGAUUCGCGGCUCCCAGCUGGUGGUAGUUAUUGAUCACGUCAAGAUAAACGAGGAGGAGGGGGGGGGGAGUCGAUUCCAUCCGUCCGUAUCGGUCCAAUGCACAACGUGACCACUGAAUAAAGAUGCGAUUUACCAAAGGUAGAUAAAACGCACCUGCGCGCCUGGUCGCACCGGCUUUAAGGCUGUGAGCGCGUGCUGCAGGGUUUCCCAAACCCCCUUCCCGUGGGGCGACCGCGGCAAAAUGCAAACACCGAGGGAAUAUGUGUAAGGGACCCUAAUUUCAGCAUCCUGGAAGUAGAAAGCACAGAAGAUCUGUGUCUCACACCACAGACAGGUGCAGUGUGUAGCCGGAGCAGCGCAGAGGAAGGACGCACCGGGGAGGAGGUGGUGCGGCAGCGUGCCCCUCCGGCUGUGGAUGUGCUGGGUGGAAACCCCCAGGCUGCACAGAAUGUGGCUGGGGAGUCGCCUAAGCGUGGCCCGCAGCCGGUCGCGGCUGCCCCCCGCCCGGUCCCUCCGCUUGCCCGUCUGUACGCUGUGCCACCGCCGCAGAGCACCGACGAUUCGGCGUUCCCCGGCGCGGACAGCGCCCCUCAGCUUCUCCCAAUCCGCAGCGAGGUCAGCUGCGUCGGAGUUUCGAGGUCUUUGUCGACGCCCCUCCUCAGUUCCUCCACUGGGAUGCAAAGACCUCCCGCUCCCCUCUGUCCCCCACGCGCCGCAGAUACCCAGAUCGUUAGCCCCUUGCAAGGGUUGCAAUACGGGUCACAAACUGAUAAAGAGCGAAGCCCCUCAAAUAGUCAGACAAACCAGGUUCAGACACCUGGAGAGAUGGCCGGACUUUUGGUUACUUCGGGGACUACGGAGAAACGGUCUGUCACGUUGGAAUAUAAUCAAGAGACUGGAACAAACGUGGAACGUGGUGGAAAAGCGCAUGCAGGCGAAAAUAUUCUCCUCCCCAAAUCUCAAAUCCGUUUCACAGCAUCAUCUCCAUCUGUCCCCCAACCAGUUGUUGGCUUCAAAGUCCGAGACACCGCGGAACCUCUGGAGGUGUCUGCCAGGGACCCACUUUCAUCUCUGCCCCCUUUACCCGCAUCGGGCACCUGCGACAUUAAACAAACUGACCUGUCAAACGCACAUCCCGACCUCACCGGAGAGAUACAAAAAGCAAAUUGUUUGGAACCCGUGGAAAUGUUUGAUGGUGCAACGAAGCUUGUUGACGCGUCUCACAAAGAUAGGCAACCAUCAUCUGCUGAAACGCUCGAGACCGGAGAGGCGAGGGAACGGCCUCCUAAAGACGCCGACGUCCAGAGGACUUGCGAUCAACUCGAAGGAGUGCAGUUGGAGACUAUUGUGAUGGAAGAGCAACCCAACUCCUCCUCGCACGACUUCACGGUGCUGCCAGAGUGCUACUCCACGCAGGAGGGCUCCUCUGACUCUUCUUCCGCGGGACUGGCCGUCGAACCAGAAAAGUCUCUCCCUGCUGACGGAGUCCCGGAAACAACAACAACAACAACAACAGCGACCCCCGAGCUUGUGCAUUCGGCCGCAGCGGAAGAAAUCGUGGUCGUCAGAGAGGAUGCACACAUCACCGGGGAUUGGACCAACAUGCACCUGAACCAGAGCUUCCUGCUGCAACGGGAAGACGGCAGCGUCUGCGAAGCCGCCAUCAUCAACGAGCUGAGCGCCGGCCUCGCCGCCGGGGAGCCCAAGCUGUACGAAGACGGCGUGCAGGCGGCCAUAGAGUUGGACUCUCAGCGUGUGGAGGUGUACCAGUUCUGCACCCUGGUGGAGGAGGUUGCAGAGGAGACGGUGUGCGCCAGCAGCAGCAGUGCGCUGGUGCCUCACUCUCCGGGCUACGAGGUAAACUUAUUCAACGCGUUGCUCGAACACGCCGAAGAGUACAUCGUCAAAGAGGAGCUAGAUCCGUCUGACGGCACCGUUACCCACGGCGCCGCUGUCAUUAUUUCCCAGCAGCCCUUGACUGCAUCAAACAGCAAUUCCACUAAUCUGUUCGUACAAACCUCUAGUUCAGCUGCUGUCGGGCAGCAUUUGGUGUUGGAAGCGGAGCGAGCCGGUGAGGUGGUAAACUCGGGGGAGGUUCGGUUAGUUGAAGUUGCGGCCGACACGUUCGCUGUAGAAGAGGCAGAAGUUGGACCACAAAUGGUAACAUCACAGGAAGUGAGUGAAUCUCCUGCAGUUGAAACGGUUCCCACUAAACAGGAAGUGGGGGCGAUGUCUUUCAUAUCCCCAGUGGUUCUCGCCGGUCAGACUGUUGCGGGCGCCGUAGUGCGCGAGGCCUUGGAUUCCUCACGGGAUGGGGCCACAGCUUCGACAGAGACUCCAUCGCGGUGCAUCAAGAGCUUUUGCGUGGCGGCCGAAACCAAACCGGAGGCUCUCGCCGCCAACCGUUCCUCUGGUUUCAUAAAUCCAAAGCUGCUCCUUCUCAAACUGGGAGAAAUUCCCCUCCUGAAACACCCUGCCUCCCUUUCGGCCCCAGCGUCCGGUCAACAGAAUCCGUCCGGCAAACUGGCCAAUGCCCACAGCUCCUGGUCGGACACCCUGUCCGCCUACUGCCUUCCCCAAACGCAGUGCUCAGUUGAUAAAACGUCUUUGCCCGCCACAAGUUGUGACGCGCUUCACCCGGAUCAGACCGCACCCGUCUCCCCCAGAACGUCACCGAACAAAUCUGACAACGAGGCCUUAACCGCUGCACAAAGUUCGAGUGCAGCCAAUGCCGCCGCCCCCGGCUGUGCUCCGACAACCAACGUACUUUGCGUGCUCCCGGCAUCGGUGGAGAGCGAGGCCGCGGCGGGCUCCGCCUACGACGAGGAAGAGAGCGAGGACAUGGAACAGGAUCCCGAGGCCCAGGAAACCGCUUCGGGACAGAUCAGCAGCCCGGAGGAGGGCAGCGACGAAGAGCCGGAUGCUGACAAGACGGAGAGCGAGAUGACCCCCAGCUCUCCUUCAAAGGUGAGCCAGUGGAUUGCGGACAGGAUCAACGAGAAUGCGUCUCCCGUCUCGCCCUCCGCUUUCCCUUCUUACCCGGGCCCCUCGCCCUCCAGCGACUUGUCCAGCCAGCGGCGGGACAAGUCCUCGCCUCUACGGGGGCCUCACGGGAAGUUUGUGUCUCCUACCUCCGUCGGCGGCUACAGUUCCUCCUCCUCCUCCCCGCCGGAUCAGGCCGCCACCCCUCAGCGACCCCGCGGAGAGCGCCACACGGGCAUGGCAGAGCUGGCUAAACAUGAAGCGGACAUCGAGCAUCGAACCCAGUCGCUGAAGCGGGAGGGCUUCUGGUCGACGAAGCGCCUCACCCGCCUGACGGAGCCGCCGCGGCCCAAGGUGCACUGGGACUACCUGUGCGAGGAGAUGCAGUGGCUCUCCGCCGACUUUGCUCAGGAGAGACGGUGGAAGAGGGGCGUGGCGAGAAAGGUGGUACGAAUGGUGAUGAGACACCAUGAGGACUUGAGGCAGAAAGAAGAAAAGGCCAAGAGAGAUGAGCACUCAAAGAUCAGAAGAGUUGCCUCCUCAAUCGCAAAGGAGGUCCGGGCCUUCUGGAGCAGCGUGGAGAAGGUGGUACAGUACAAGCAACAGUCCCGACUGGAAGAGAAGAGGAAGAAGGCUUUGGACCUACAGCUGGACUUCAUUGUCGGCCAGACGGAGAAAUACUCGGACCUCCUCAGCCAGUCACUGGCGCCCAGCCAGCCAGCUGAAGCCGAACCUGAGCACGUAUCUCAGACUCCCCAAAAAUCUGCGCCGUCUGCCACCGACGAGGAUGACAGAGACUUUGAGCCUCCCUGUGAGGAGGAGGACGACGAGGAGACCAUCGAGGUGGAGGAGCAGCAGGAGGGCAACGAUGCAGAGAGCCAUCGCAGGGAGAUCGAGCUGCUGAAGGAGGAGGGCCUGCUGCCCCUGGACCAGUUACUCAGCACCCUCAAGCUGGCACAGGAGACGGGCUCUGAUGAGGAAUGCUCUGAUGUAACCUCUUCAUCGGUGGAAGAGGAUGGUGAAUUCACUGCCAAUGAAGAAGAUGCUCAGGAUGAGGAGGACACCAUCGCCGCCCAGGAGAAGGUCGAGGGUCAGGUGGAUCAUGCAGAGGAGCUGGACGACUUGGCCAAAGAAGGUGACAUGAGCGUUGAGGAGUUGCUGGAAAAGUACAAAGGAGCGUACGCCUCCGACUUUGAGGCCCCGUCUGCAUCUGGCUCCAAAGACGGCUCCGAUUCGGAGGUGUCUGGGGACGAGGAGGAAGAGACCGAGGAAGACGAGAGUGACGCAGAAAGCAACAGCUCGUCUUCCGAUUCCCAAGGAGACAGCGGAGCAGAGGACGAUAGUGAGGAGGAGGAGGAGGAGGAGGAGGAGGAGCAGGAAGAGGAGGAGGAGCAGGAGGACGAGGAGAGUGAGGAGGAGGACUGCUGCGGCGAUGAAGGGAUGGAGGUGUUGCUGAAGGAGGGGGACAACAGCCCCCCCUCCUCCAGCUCGCGGCCCAAGAAGGAGAUCAGCCACAUCGCUGCGACAGCAGAGAGUCUGCAGCCCAAAGGCUACACGCUGGCUACUACAAAGGUCAAGACCCCCAUCCCGUUCCUGCUUCACGGCACGCUGCGAGAGUACCAGCACAUCGGACUCGACUGGCUGGUCACCAUGUACGAGAAAAAGCUAAACGGCAUUCUAGCUGACGAGAUGGGUUUGGGCAAGACCAUCCAGACCAUCGCUUUGCUGGCUCACCUCGCCUGUGAAAAAGGUAACUGGGGCCCUCACCUCAUCAUCGUCCCCACCAGUGUGAUGUUGAACUGGGAGAUGGAGCUGAAACGCUGGUGUCCCGGCUUUAAAAUCCUAACCUACUUUGGCAGUCAAAAGGAGCGAAAGCUAAAGAGACAGGGCUGGACUAAGCCCAACGCCUUUCACGUGUGCAUCACUUCCUACAAGCUGGUGCUGCAGGAUCACCAGGCCUUCCGCCGAAAGUCCUGGCGGUACCUGAUUCUGGACGAGGCCCAAAACAUCAAGAACUUCAAGUCGCAGCGUUGGCAGAGCCUGCUGAACUUCAACAGCCACCGGCGACUGCUGCUGACGGGAACCCCCCUCCAGAACAGCCUGAUGGAGCUGUGGUCUCUGAUGCACUUCCUCAUGCCGCACGUCUUUCAGUCCCACCGCGAGUUCAAGGAGUGGUUCUCCAACCCGCUGACGGGGAUGAUCGAGGGAAGCCAGGAGUACAACGAGGGCCUGGUCAAGAGGCUCCACAAGGUGCUGAGGCCCUUCCUGCUCAGGAGGAUCAAGAUCGACGUGGAGAAGCAGAUGCCUAAGAAAUACGAGCAUGUGGUCCGCUGCCGUCUCUCCAAGAGGCAGCGGUUCCUCUACGACGACUUCAUGGCCCAGGCCUCGACCCGGGAGACGCUGGCCAGCGGUCACUUCAUGUCUGUGAUCAACAUCCUGAUGCAGCUCCGCAAAGUGUGCAACCACCCGAACCUGUUCGACCCCCGCCCCAUCCAGUCGCCCUUCAUCACCAAGCCCAUCGUUUUCCACACGGCCUCCCUGGUGCACGACGCCCUGGAGGUCUCUCCUCUGAAGCGCUGCGACCUUUCCAUGUUUGACCUUGUGGGUUUGGAGACCCGCGUGUCCCGGUACCAGGCGGACGUCUUCCUGCCACGUCACAAGGUCCGCCGCCAACUCAUCCAGGAGAUCCUGGAGUCCCCUGACCCCCCUCCGAGACCCAGACCGGUCCGCAUGAAGGUCAACAGGAUGUUCCAGCCACCUCCGAAAAGUGAAAACCGACUUCUGAUAAACAAACCAACCUGCUCCGUACCUCCAGCAGCACAGAACCCCAAACCUCCUCCAGUCCCCGAGGUCUCCUCUGCUCCUCAACCUGCUCCCGUGGUCCAACAAGUGGUGUGUACAGUGACAACGGCUGCCGCACCUCGCCCCUCCAUGCACCCCGCUGCUCAGAUCGCAGUGCGGUCCGGCGGUCCGAGGCCGGUGCUGACCGUACGCCCCCCCGCUGCUUCCUGCGCAGCCGCCAUCCCGGUCCUUCCUGGACCCAACCCUGGCAGCGUCCUGCCCCAGAGGGUUCUGCUCAGUCCGGAUAUGCAAGCCAGGCUGCCUUCCGGGGAGGUGGUGAGCAUCGCCCAGCUGGCCUCUCUGGCGGGUCGGCCCGUGUCGUCGUGUCAGGGAAGUAAACCCGUCACCUUCCAGCUUCAGGGCAACAAACUGACUCUGUCCGGAGCCCAGAUCCACCAGGUCCCUGCAGCUUCUCCACGCCCAGUUCAGGGUAAUGUGAUGCACCUGGUGUCUAGCGGAGUGCAGCACCACCUAAUCAGCCAGCCAGCCCAAGUGACUGUGCAGAGCAGCACCUCCUCCACUGCUCCACCCACCAAUCGACUGGCUCUGAAUGCCUCAGCGCAAGUGCCCCCCUCCAUUGUGAGCAGCCCCGGUGUGGUGAAGAUUGUUGUGCGUCAGGCAGCAGGGAAGGACGGCGGGCCUGUGCCCACGCUGGCUGUGGCUCCUUCCCCCCGCGUUGCUCCUCUGACCUCCCUGCACGCCAACACGACCCCCGUCAGAACCGCCGCUCCGCUGCAGAUCGCCCAGCGCACCCCCGGCCCCGCCACUGCCACCGCUCACUACACCAUAGCGCCUCCGGGGAACCCGGGCCCGACCCCCAACCAGCCACACCCCCCUCGCCCCGUCCUCAAAGUAGUGCAGCCUCCUCCAUCGAGCGCAGAGCGGCCAGCCCUGGUCCAGGUGGCCUGCUCCUCCUCUACAUCCAUGUCCUCAGCGACUCCGCGGGAAGGCGGCAGUCAAACGCCGCUCCCCCCGAAGUCCAGGCCGGGCGCUGGGGUUAAGCCCCUUCCUCCCCCCAGGAGAGUUCCCAGGCUCCCUCCCCGCUCUCCGUUCCACACGAAGUGGCUCGAGGACAAACUCAAGCAGCAACGCGACAGCCGGCUGGACUUCAUCAUUCGGGUCAACGAGAGCCGCUGCGCGGCCAAGCCGGCGUACGGCCGGGAGGUUUUGGACUUCCUGACCUUCCUCCCCGGGCCACGACCCGCCCCGGCCCCCCAGCGCCCUCAGAGGGAGUGGGGUCGCUCGGGCCACAGCAUCGCUCUCCACUCGCAGUGGGAGAACAAAUUCAACUUCAUGUGUCAGAGUCGUGCCGUGAGAGAGGCCAUCCACAGCGUGGACGACCGGCUGGAGCUGCUCAGCGACGUCGUCGACAGGUUCACAUUUGCGAUUCCCCCCGUGGAGGCUCCACAGAUCUCGAUGCACUGCUGCCAUCCUCCUCCUUCUCUGAGCCACAAGCAGGCGGUCUUCUCCUCCCAGCUGUCCACUCAAGUCACUCCGCUAACCCGCAGUCUCCAUCGAAUCCAGUGUUACAUGCGGACCCAGUUCCCGGACCUGAGGCUCAUCCAGUACGAUUGUGGUAAGCUGCAGACUCUCCACACCCUGCUGAGGAAGCUGAAGACCGGAGGCCACCGGGUGCUGAUCUUCACCCAGAUGACGCGCAUGCUGGACGUGCUGGAGCAGUUCCUCAACUACCACGGGCACAUCUACCUCCGCCUGGAUGGAAGCACGCGCGUGGAGAUGAGACAGUCCCUUAUGGAGCGCUUCAACGCAGACCGCCGGAUCUUCUGCUUCAUCCUGUCAACGCGCAGCGGAGGCGUCGGCGUGAACCUGACGGGGGCCGAUACGGUGGUGUUCUACGACAGCGACUGGAACCCCACCAUGGACGCCCAGGCACAGGACCGCUGCCACCGGAUUGGCCAGACCAGAGACGUACACAUCUACAGGCUGAUCAGUGAGCGAACAGUGGAGGAGAACAUCUUGAAGAAAGCCAAUCAGAAGAGGAUGCUGGGAGACAUGGCUAUUGAAGGAGGAAACUUCACCACGGCCUUCUUCAAGCAGCAAACCAUCCGAGAGCUGUUUGAUAUGAGCGAGGGGGAGAAGAGGGAGGCGGCGGUGGAGCUUUCGGUGACCCAAGCCGAGGAGGAGGAGACUGUCAACAAGCAGAGCACCACCAUUCUGGAGCAGGCAUUGUGUCGAGCCGAGGACGAGGAGGACAUCGUCGCCGCCUCGCAGGCCAAAGCGGAGCAGGUGGCAGAACUGGCAGAGUUCAACGAAAAUAUCCCACUGGAUGAUGGAGGGGAGCAGGAAGAGGUGGAGGAGCUCUCUAAGGCGGAGCAGGAAAUUGCGGCUCUGGUAGAGCAGCUCACUCCGAUUGAACGCUACGCCAUGAACUUUCUGGAGACCUCCUUAGAAGACGUGUGCAAAGAGGAACUGAAGCAGGCCGAGGAGCAAGUGGAGGCUGCCAGGAAGGGCCUUGACCAGGCCAAGGAGGAAGGCCUGAAGCUCCACGCCUCGUCCGACGAGGACAACGAGGACUUUCUGUCACCGCUGGCUUCUGUGGAGCCUUCUCAUCCAGGCCGCCGGGGCCGCAAACCCAAGGACAAGGACAAGGUCGUGAGCUCCACAAGGACCAGUGGUCGUCUGCGCGGGGCCUCGCCCGAGCCCACCCGAGAAGUGCCUGAAAGAUUCCGCUGUGGUCCGAGAGGACGAGGCGCCGCGCCUGCCACCCCCCCCCGAACAGACCAUCACAAAACCUCAUCAACAACCAAGCUUCACGAUUCCUCCAAAUCGCCCCCCGCCAGAGACCAACCGACCCUCAAAACCAAGACUCUGCCAAACCGCUCCCAUCCCAGUCCAGUGCCUUCCCCUCCCACAGCCUCCCCCCCCGCGGGGAAACUACAGGGCGCCGGGGAGACUGAGACCCCCAAAGCCUGCAGUCAGGACAAGGAGGGGGAGGACGAGAAGGGGGGGUCCGACACUCCGCUGGAGACCAGCUGCCCGGUGGACCAUCAGGCAGACGGCGAAGACGGCGGCGGCGACUGCGGCAAAGACCACGGCGCCGUGUCUCCGCCCUCUUCCAGCUCUCGGUCGCCUCGCAAGCGCCAGUCGGCGGACGGGGAAGUCCUGCGGGGGCUGGUCGAAGCCUCCCCUUCGGCCAAGGUCCUGCGCAAGCUCCCGGGGAGGUUGGUCACGGUGGUGGAGGAGAAGGAGCCCAGGCGGAGGCGGCGGCGGGGGAGCGGCACCGGAGGCGGAGCUUCGUCAGAGGAGGCGAUCGCGGAGGAAAGCGCCGCCGGAUUCGUCGACGAGGCGAACAAAGACGACGCGUCGCCGAGCCCCGACGCCAAAAGCAAAAUGGCGGUUACCAAAUCUCCCCCGGAUCAGCACCCGACUCCCAGCCCAGCUGUUCACCCUCCGCCCGUCAGGAGCUACCCGCCGUACUCUCCGCCACAUCUGUUUCCCGACAUGCCCGUUCUGAGGAACCUUCCCGUGCGGCGGCGCUUGGAAACCGAGUCUCGCAUGGCCGCUCAGCUGGGGGAGCAGCAGCAGCAGCAGCAGCAGCAGCUGGGUCGAGGGCGGGGCUGGAACCAGUCCAGAAAAUCGGAGCCCCCGCCGGGCAGAGCCGGCGCUUCAGCUUCCACGCAGUCCGAUUCUCUCGUGACACCUUUGAAAAGAAAGCGGGGCCGGCCCCCUAAGACUCCCCCGAGGUUACCUGAGCAUGACCGCGCGGUGACCCCGUCCCCCCAAAGGCAGGAAGGGAUCCUCUCUGUCUCCCCAAAACGAAAGCGGGGCCGUCCUCGCAAAGACUCCACGACGACCACGACGACCACGACGGAAACCGCCAGCGAACGGCCAAACUCUAAAAACGAGAGCAUCACUACCGGCGCACGUGAGGUACCAAAAACGGAAAGUCGCUCAGAGCCGACUCCUCCGUCUGAGAACAAGGCGGAGAUCCCCAAAGCUGCUGUUGUGACUACAAGUCACGGCCCCCCCUCUGCAGGGGCGGAGGAAACGGACAAUAAGACUCCAAAUCCCCCCCAAUGCCCCCCAACAACUGAUGAAGCUUCAGUGCAAGCACCCAGCGCCCCUACUGCACCUACUGCCACACCACCCAAACCCACACCACCUACUGCACCCAAACCCACACCACCUACUGCACCUACAGCCACACCACCCAAACCCACUGCACCUACUGCCACACCACCCAAACCCACACCACCCACUGCACCCAAAUCCACACCACCUACUGCACCUACAGCCACACCACCCAAACCCACUGCACCUACUGCCACACCACCCAAACCCACACCACCCACUGCACCCAAAUCCACACCACCUACUGCCACACCACCCAAACCCACACCACCCAAACCCACACAGCCUACUGCCAUACCACCCACUGCAUGCAAACCCACACCAGCUACUGCACCUACACCCACUGCACCUACACCCACUGCACCUACAGCCACACCAGCUGCAGCCACUGCACCCACACCAGCUACUGCACCUACACCCACUGCACCUACAGCUGCACCCACACCAGCUGCAGCCACUGCACCCACACUACCCAAACCCUCUCCACCCAAACCCACACCAGCCACUGCACCUACAGCGACCACACCUGCUGCACCCACACCACUUACACCCACUGCAGCUGCACCCCUUUCUUUUGUUCACUCCACAUCAGCUCAACGUGCACCAGCUACUCAAAGCCCAGACACGGCAUUAACCCAGGUGUCCAUCAUCCCAGCCACCUCUACCCCAAAUACCACAGCUCCGUUGCCCCUUGCCAGCGCUGCCACAUCAACUGCAGGCUCUGUACAAACAACGCUUUCGGUUUCCGGCGCUUCUAAAGCUCCAGCAGAACCAAAACCUUCAGUUACUGCAAUUGCCAAAGCAACAGCGCUGCGCAAUACAACGUCAGUCCCACCACCAACUGCCACCUCUCCAUCGGCCGAGUCGUCUUCUGCCCUGCCCGCCGACGCAGUCCCAGCAUCGCUCCUCGCCACGACCCUCGCUGCUGGCGUGGUUCCAAAGCCAGGCAGCGCAGCGAAAUCUGUCUCGACUAAAACGGCUCCUGUGACGGAUUUGUCACCCACAACGUCUACGCCAACUAGUGUUCCGUCCGCUGCGGCUUCCCCCCAGAAGGUUUCAGCUUCGACUUCAGCGACCUCAACAUCUUCCCCCGCUACAGCGACCACGGCCGUGAGAACGGUCCAAGCCGCUCCCAGCGCAGGUCCAACAGCGUCUGCUUCUACGGCGCCGGCAGUGGUCACAACUUCUCCAAACCAGGCAAGGAGCGACGUGGCAGCCAGCAAAGCACCACCGAUGGCAGCUCAAGUGUCCUCGGAUAAACCCUGUGCUGCACCGCCUACCCCGCCUACCCCACCCAAAGCCCAGCCUGUUCCAGUCACGACAUCCCCCCCAGCAGAGAGAGUGCAAGGGGAGACGCACACAACUUCGACUGCCCCUCCCACAGAAAAGGCUGGCAACAUCUCCCCUCCCCCAACUACUACUACUACUACGCCAUCUCUAUUAGCCACGGUCACCACGACGACAUCAUCCAGCAGCCCCUCUCCUCCGUUUACCGGCACACAAACGUCUCCAGUGCAAAGCGCCGCCUCCAGUGAUGUGACCCCACCAGUCCGGACGGAGGCCCCCCCCCAGAUAACCACACCUGUGUCCCCUAGUGUUUCAUCUGAGAAACCGUCCUCGGGGCCAACACGCAUGUCUCCGGCUGAAGGGGACAUGGACACGGGGACAGAAAUGGAGGUGGAUGAUGCAAGGAUGGAGGAGGAACAGGAGGACGCCUGUAAGUCCCAACCUAAAAGAAGAAGGGUGGACAGUUCCUCAGAGAACAAAGACUUUGGGUCGGGGAGGGAGGGAGAAGCGCCGCCUGCAGCUUCCCCUCAGAAAGAUGAACCCAAACAGGAGGUGGAGAAAACUACAGAAAACAAAGAGACCCCAAUCCAGAAAAGGCCUCUGAGUCGACAAAGUAGCCGCGAGUCCGCCCGCUCCUCCUCUUCCUCCUCCUCGUCUUCGGGGUGUUCCACGUCCACCCUCACUCGUCACGCCCACCACAAAAGGACUUAUGAGAAUCGACACCCUGCCAAGAAGAGGCGGAUGGACGUCACCUCCGACACGGGGAAGGCGGAGAAGAGCCAACGGGGCGGGGAGGAGGGAGAGGAAGGCUGCGACGAUGAGCUCGGGAGGCGGCGGCGCUCCAGGUCCUCCUCCUUCACCUCCUCGGACUCGGACAACAGCGGCAGCGGCAAAGCGCACCGGCUGACCCGCUCGGCGAAGCGGCGGCUGCAGGACCAGGAGAGGAAGAAGGGCAACGGCCGCCAGGCGAAGAAGUCCGACAGAAACGCGGUGAACAACGCCAACGCGUCCACGGGCGGGGAGUCGGGCAGCGACGCGUCUUCGGUCGGGCUCGCCAAGAAGAAGAAGAAGAAGAAGAAGAAGUCGGCGCUCGCCGCUAAAGCCCAGACGAACAGCGCCCCCGCCGAGCCGGAGGUUCUAGGGAAGAGGUGCUCUGCGCUCAACGCGGCGGCCAAGCUGCUGGCGAUGAAAGGCAGGGUGGAUACGCCCGGCCACACCCCCCGAAGGGACGCCGCCGCCGCCAAGGCCUCCUCUUCUGACAAGAACCAAAAGCUGAAAAGCAAAAGUGUACCGACCCCUUCUCCGAGUAACUCUGUAACCAAUAACAGAAGCAGCAAGCCUGCCACGGCCAAUCAGCUGCGCCGCUCCGCCUCCCGCUGCACCAGACAGUGUCCCGGCUCGCUGGUCCCGCCCCUCGACUUGGAGUUCAAGAGGUCGAGAGCAGAAGAGAAGGAGGGAGGCGGCAGGAAGCCGUCGGGGGGGAAGGAAGGCGAGCCGCCGCCGUCCUCGUCCCGGGGCCACAGCGCCUGCAGCAGCAUGAGCAGCGACGGCGGCGGCGAUGGCGGCGGAGGGCGCGGGCGCAGCAGCAGGAGCCGCAGCAGCAGCAGCAGCAACAGCAGCCAACGCACGCGCAGCCUCAGCUCCCAGAACACGGAGCACCGGGAGUCCCGCGCCGCCUCCUCGGGCAGCGAGCGCCGCCGCGGCCGCUCGGAGAGCCGGAGGGAGCGCCGCUCCCGGAAGCUCUGCCAGGAGGCCGCCAGCGGCUCGGGGGCCGAGGGCAGCACGCCGGACCGGGUGCUGCGCAGCGUCGCCGCGCUGGCGGCGGUGCAGGCCCGGUCGCCGGCCGCCAGCACCCGGUCCUCCUCGGGUCACCACCGACGCAACAAGACAUGAGCCGAGUGCCAAAAAGGGGUUAAAAGGAGAAGAAGAAGAGGAGAAAGAAAAAACCACGCAGCGAGAUGGACGAAGCGAGGGGCCACGUUUACGGGAGCACGACCUCGGCGAGUUCUGGGGGGGGGCUCCCUGCCUCUUGGGCCCUCUCCAAUCGGAGCUGGUCCUCUCACCAGCUCGGUCGCGCUGGGGGGAAGACUCAGUGGGGAUGUCGGGUAACAAAAAACAACAACAACAACAAAAAAGAAAUAAAAAGGGUGGCGCCAGCAGGUCGGUGCGGCGCAGCGACGAGCUUCAGUGCUGCGACUCGUCGGGGACAAAGGUGCAGAGUUGUUAGUUCACAUUAUGUACUGUAAUCUUUGGAGACUGGAACACUCGGAUCUUGCGUGUUGAGGCGGGAUUCUACAACGAAGGCAUCGUUUGUGUGACAUUAAAAACCUUUGAGUGACCAGUUGUAUUGUAAGUUGGAGGUUUUUAGAUUUUCGUUUUGAACAUUUUCAUCGGCUGUCCUGACUAUUGUUUCUCUGUAGUCAGUUGAUAAGUUAUGCAUAUUUUAUUAUUUCUUCCAGGGUGUUAGGAGACCAGAUCUGUCGUUGUGAUCAAUGCUGGAGCUUCUCUUUGCUUCUCCUCCUCUUUUUGUCUCGUCAGUCCUCUGUUCAUUGGAUUCAUUUUUAAAUCCAGCCUUGUUUCUCAUUUGCACAUCUGAUACAGUGGCCCUGGGCUCUUUGAGUACAUUGUGGGGUAGUGAUGGGGUUCGCUGGAUGAAUUGCUUACUUGCCGUGUUUCUCCAACCAAUUCGAAAAUGCAUCAAUUGAAGCUAAAAGUUGUCUUGAAAAUCCUUUUUUUUUGUUUUUUUUUUUGUUGCUUCAGAUCAGACACGGAGCAGUUUUUCUCACAUUCUCAAAGGCAGUCGUAGUUACGGUUCACUUUGUAUUUAUAUCAGAGCAAGAAAAUGUUGAAAUCAAAGAGUGCCUAUUGGGCCAAAUGGAUUUGAACCUCAGAUUGCCUUGUGAAGCCACUGAAGCGUUGGUGUUGCUUCUCUUGUUUAAAAAAAAAAGAAGAAAAAAAGAAGCCAAACAAGUCCAACCUGAGAGCUUAGAGAAAAGCACCCGGUGCAUCAGUGCAACCAAAUUAUUCUUGUUUUCACUUGUUUUUCUUUUCACCACCUCCAUGUAAAAAAAAGUGAAUAAAAUGACUGGUACAGUU